ACAAUCGGUGGGCGCGUCUGGAACGAAAUUCUUCCUCCCCUCAGUGUAUACCAAUGGCUGGGAAGGUCGUGCUAGUCCAGUACAUAGCUCUGAGAGGAGACCUUCUCAGGACCCAGAAAUGGCCAGUUGGGGCUCUGGUUGCGCAGGGUUGCCAUGCCUGCACUGCCGUCAUCCACACUCACAGAGACAGUGGCAAUGUGGUCCAGUAUCUGAGUGACCUUGAUCGCAUGCACAAAGUCGUGCUGGAGGUUCCAGACGGGGAGGGACUGGUGAGUCUGAGUAGUGAUCUGGAACGGAAUGGAGUACUGCACAGGCUGUGGGUGGAACAGCCUGAGGACAUACCGACAUGUCUCGCCACUGUUCCCUACCCCAAAUCACAGAUAUCUCAGCACUUCAAGAAAUUCAAGCUUUUCAAGUGAACUCAGUCAUUCUCUUGUGUGUGUACUAGCGAGAUACUCCGUCAAUAAUUGAUAUUUGCGCAUGCGCACACGUUGUGACGUCAUUACUUGGUGGCGACGACGAGACAGUAAUUCGGGUCGCUGUUGUGUGGCUGUGUCGUGAAAGUUACCAGAGCACCAGCUACUAGAAUACUUCGUAAUCGUCGACCUUAUUCCUAAUAAACGCCCACCUACCAACCCCGCGCUUUCGACGGGUCUACACCGCCUCUGUCUUUCCUCGGCUGGCUGACUCGCCAUGGCGACGGGAGCUAACACCACUCCUCUGGGCCGCCUCCACCCGAUCCUGGCCGCCAAAGUUGGAGAAUCCUCACCAUCCCCCGUGGGAUCAACUGGUAGCAAAGACCCUGAGUUGAAGAGACAUCUCGAGGCGGCCAAGAGAGCAGCUUCUGCUCUCUUCCCUGAGGAGCCUGCUCGCAAGAAGCGCAAGUCUCGUUGGGCCAGUGAAACCGUCAGGACGGCUAUUCCUGGCCUCCCCACCGUUAUGCCUGCCAACAUGAACGAACAACAGCAGCAACUCUACAUCUUACAUCUGAAGAUUGAGGAGACAAGUCGUCAACUCAGGAGUGGGGAUCUGGGGAUUCCCCUAAAUCCAGCCGACAGGUGACAAUCACGUGACACUCACAAGACACUCUCUACAGAGUGACCCACUGUCUUUGAAAAAAUUGGCAUCAACCUCAAUUUUUGCCAGUCUUGCCCUAAAAUUUUGGCCCAUCCAACCAACAAAAAUGAGUGAUACUAAAAAUUCAUGCCAAUUUUUGAGUACACAGUAAUCUGUAGACAGGCAUAAUUAUGAAGCAAAGUACAUAGUUUUGAUGACCGUGCACGCAAAAUUGUCUUGAUUUUAGCAGGUAAGGAAAUGAGGAGCCCUCCAACCCUCACCUUCUUCUCUCCCACAAACUUGUCGUAUUUGCUAACCACUUGACCUUUCUCGUCAUAGAUACACAUAGAGAGAGAAAAGAUGAACUCUGUCGUUGUGCUGAGUUUUAACCCCUCUCUGUCUGUGUGUGUGUGUUGUGUGCAUAUUAGUAGUGUUAGAGGUCACUAACGGAGCGUUCUAAUUAAAGUGCAGGAAGUUGGGGAUCAUUCUCAUACCCCGUUCCGCCUGCUCCGGAGUGGGCUAGCGACGGGCAGUGCUCAUAUCCCCUAGCCCCGAGCCCAUCUACAGCCACGAUGGGAAGAGGCUCAACACACGAGAGGUUAGGACGAGGAAGAGACUCGAAGACCGGAGGCACGAUCUGAUUCAGGAGGCGAUAACACUCAAUCCCGAGUACAGACCGCCAACUGACUAUAAAGCACCAAACAGGAAGAUUGAGGACAAAGUGUUCAUUCCUCAAGAACAUCAUCCUGAGACUAACUUUGUCGGCCUUCUCAUUGGACCUAGAGGGAAUACUCUGAAACAGUUGGAACGAGAGACAAACACCAAGAUCAUGAUCAGGGGAAAGGGGGCGACAAGGAGGGGAAGUUUGGCCGAUUCGGUCUCCCCCAGCCGGGAGAAGACGAAGAGCUACACGCCCUCAUUACUGGCUCCAGUCCCGAAGUCGUCAAACUGGCUGUGGACAAGAUCAAGGCCAUAAUCCAGAGUGGGAUCGACGUUCCCGGAAACGAAAAUGAGAUUAAGAAGAUGCAGCUGAUGCAGCUUGCAGAGCUCAACGGUACCUUUAAACCCAUCGACGUCCUCAGAUGUAACAACUGUGGCUCCAGUGAGCACAGAACGUGGCAGUGCUCGGAGCAGAUGAACAUCACGUCCAGCAUCAUCUGCACACGAUGUGGUGGAGGAGGCCACAUUGCUCAGGACUGCAAGGUCGACAUGUCGGCAGCUCCACCCCCUACUGCUGAGAAAGCAAAGAUGGAUAGCGAAUAUCUCUCUCUAAUGAAGGAACUGGGAGAGAAGGUUCCCGACCACAUGCGGGAGGCAGCUGCUGGUGAUAAGGCUGGCGUUGGCGUGGGAACCAGAGUCCCUCCCCCUCCCUCACUGAUGGGCGGUCGCAACCCUGGAGGCCUGCUGGUACCUGACCCCCAUUUCCACCACGCCCCCCCUCAACCUGGGGGACCCUGGAUGUUCCACUCCCCGCACCCCGGACAUUUCAUGCACCCCGGGGGACCCCACAUGAUGAUGCACUCCGUUCCCUGGGGAAUGCACCCCGGGGCCCAUCCCAUGGGGCCCGAUGGGAUGCCCCUCAUGCAGGGACCGAUGGGACCCCCUCCCCCUCCUCCUCCCGGCAGUUAGUGAACACUCUGACCUCCUUUCCCCAGCUCUCUUAUUUCUUUCAUUCUCUCGUCUCUCCUUUCUCCCUUCCUUCUCUAACUCCCUUCCCUCUCUUAGUAAACAUUGAUUAUCACACACACUUUACCUCAUUUUCCCCUCCCUGCUGUAGCUGGGGAUCUUCCAAAUGCUCUGGUCCAGUCGUGGCCACCACAGCAAGAGGCACCGUGGGUUCCGCCAGCCCCUCCCCCCUCUCUCCCAGUAGCUGCCCCGCCCCCUCCUCCGCCUAUGGACCACACCCAGGGUGGAGCCCCGCCCCCUCCUCCACCCCCUCCUGCAGAAUCGUGAGAAAGAAAAGACUGCUGUUACUGAAACUGAAUGUAUUAUAUAAUUAUAGUACUGAUUGCUGCUAAUACAGACUCUAUUGUACAUUAUGUCACAUACAUUUUCAUCGCUGAACUCUUAUUAUUGCAUGCAUUCUUCGGAAAAUAAUAAGAAUACGUUGAAUAUAAGUUGUAUGCGUCAACGAGGAGGUAAUGAUGUAUAAUAGAAAGGCAAAGCAAAAGUCAACUACACCCAUUUUAUAUUGCAGUCUGCAGUAUAUACAAGUUGCUAUACACGUAUCUCCCCCCUGACUUGAAUGUUGAACAUUUUUGAAUUUAGGUUGACCCCUGCUAAUCAAUGUCAGACUGGUGGUUGUCAUAGAGACGGAGGUGAUACUGGGCUAGUUGUCGUGGCGAUAGCUCUGAGGGGGCCCCGGUGAAGAGAUCUCGACCGUAGAAUGAUUUCGGGAAUGCCAGGACGUCGCGGAGACUGGUGGCCUGGCAGAGCACUGCCAUUAGCCGGUCGAAACCAAUAGCAAUUCCUCCGUGGGGAGGACAGCCUGAUCUCAAUCCCUUCAGAAGAUGAGAGAAUUGAUC